CUCUCUCCCUCUCUAUAAUUUUACACGCGAAGCAUGUCGGAGAACGAAGAAGCUUCGUCUCUCAUCGUCGACCCUCACAGAGUAAUCUCGGCGAUGAUCCGGUUCCUAAACCCUAGAUCUUAUCUCCAUAAAUCCCCAAAAUCGGAUUAACUUUUGAGGGAGAUCGAAGGGAUCAGUGAAGCUUAGGGUAAUGGAUGCGUCUUCAACUCGCCAUCGUCGAUUUCGUGCGCUCUUCAAUGGUUUAUGCGCCGUGGUAUUGCUCUUCUUCUUCUACAGCAAGCCGUAUAUUCAUGGGAACCCUUUUUUACAUCAAAAUCCCCAUAAUUCGAGUUCGAAAUCUGAUUCUUUCCCUCGUCGGCGCAUCGCCGAGCUCAAUUACACCAGUUCUACAAAUGGGUCGGCGCAAAUUGAUCGGUCGGAUGGAAAUUUCUUAGCCCUGGAGAAUCCCUCUGUAGCGUGUGCCGGAAUCGGCCGCCACGAGGGCUUUUCCACUCGGUGCGAGUUCCUGAGAGCUCAUCCUCAGUGUAGUUCCGGCGGAUUCUUCGAUUACCUCACUUUUUUCUACUGCAGCUGUUCGAAAUUUCCGAUUUUGGGUUACGCCGUACUUGGUCUUUGGCUAGCAGCCUUGUUCUAUAUGUUGGGGAACACGGCGGCCGAUUACUUCUGCUGUAGUUUAGAAAAGCUAUCCACUUUACUUAAGCUGCCGCCCACUGUUGCCGGAGUCACCCUUCUUCCGCUCGGAAAUGGUGCUCCCGACGUUUUCUCUAGCAUCGCGGCUUUCGUCGGGACUGGGGCGGGUGAGGUUGGACUUAAUAGUGUAUUGGGUGGAGCAGUAUUUGUUACUUGUAUAGUUGUCGGGACAGUGUCUCUCUUUGUUGCUGAGAAGAAUGUUCAAAUUGAUCGGAAAUGCUUCAUUAGAGAUAUUAGCUUCUUCUUGCUUACUUUGGUCUCCUUGUCCGUUAUCUUGAUUGUCGGGAAGGUGACUGUGUGGGGAGCAGUUAUGUUCGUCUCUAUUUAUGUAGUUUAUGCCUUCACUGUGGCCGCCAAUGAGAUCCUAAGAAAGCAGGCUAGGAGGUUGAAAUUGGGUGUGGUGACUCCAUUAUUGCCCGUUAGAGGAAGCAUUUUCUCUCAUGGAAUAGAAGAAGAUGAAUCCAUUUACAGCUCUUUUCUUGAAGAGGAUACCGAUGGCGAGGUGCCUCAGUUGAAUUCCUUGCCUCAAUGGAUGUGGGCUUCGAAUGUCGCUAUAUAUUCAAAUCAGGGGAAUAGAGGAAGUUUGUCUCCGAACUCUAGGCCUUUAUGGGGUUGGAGCGAGGAAGCAGACGACGAUGUCUCAUCAUUAUCCUGUUCCAAACUCUUUGUGUUCAUGGAGAUUCCGUUAACUAUCCCGAGGAGGCUAACUAUUCCACUCGUCGAAGAAGAGAGGUGGUCAAAAGGAUAUGCUGUCGCUAGUUGUUGCUUGGCACCUAUUCUUUUGGCAUUUCUGUGGAAUAGCCAAGAAAGUGAAGGCUCUAAGGUUAGUGUAGCUGCCUAUAUAGUAAGUGUCAUCAUUGGAAUCGCACUUGCUACUCUUGCUUUCAUGUACACUAGUUCAGAUCGUCCACCACGGAGGUUUUUAUUCCCAUGGGUUUUAGGAGGGUUUGUGAUGAGUAUCAUUUGGUUCUACAUUGUGGCUAACGAGUUAGUCGCUCUUCUGGUGGCAUUUGGUGUAAUUUUGGGGAUCAACCCAUCAAUUCUUGGAUUGACCGUCUUGGCUUGGGGAAAUUCUAUGGGCGAUUUAAUGUCGAAUGUUGCUUUGGCGAUUAAUGGUGGAGAUGGAGUGCAGAUUGCCAUGUCGGGAUGCUAUGCAGGGCCCAUGUUUAACACGCUCGCCGGUUUGGGAAUAUCGAUGUUGCUUGGAGCAUGGUCUCAAUCGCCAGUUUCUUAUGUGCUCCCGCAAGACACGUCUCUUGUUUAUACCAUUGGUUUCCUCUUAUCUGGACUUAUCUGGGCUCUCAUUGUAUUACCGCGAAGUGAUAUGCGCCCUAACAGGAUGCUCGGUAUUGGCCUAAUAACUCUUUAUUCGGUUUUCCUCUCAAUUAGGGUCGGCAAUGCUAUUGGGAUAUUGCCAUUAGCUGGCUUGCAAUGAAUACACCUAUCUUUCUCAAGUAAUUCAUUUGAAAAAGGAUGGUUAGUGAUUUGUAGAGCCUUGUAUACAAUGAUUCCAUUACACUCAAGUAGAGCAAUAAUAUUUGGAGUUAAUUUUUUAUAUUA